UUUGUUUUUAAACCUCAAAAUUUCAGAGCAUCCCCCAUUCCGCUCGUAAAAUUCUUGAACUCGAAAAAUUUCAGAGCUUUUCUCUUCUCUUUCGUCUUCUCUCUUCUCGCUCUCUCAUGGACUCUCUGCUCGCUAACUACGCCUCUUCUGACGAAGAAGAAGAUCCACAACAGCCUUCCAAACCCGCAGCUUUGCCCUCAAAACCCAGCUCUGAACCUUCUUCCUCUUCCUCUCUCUUUUCUUCUCUACCCAAACCCAAACCCCAAACUUCCUCUCUCUUCCAGUCCCUUCCCCAACCGAAACAAACCCAAACUAAACCAUCAAAUCUUCGUCAUGAUGAUGACGACGAUGAUGAAGACCAAGAUUCAAAACCCACCUCCAAACCCUUGUUCUCUACACUUCCUCCGCCCAAAUCCCAAAUCCCAAAUAAACCCAUUACCAAUAUCUCAUCCUCAGACCGAAACCCUAAAAGGGUCGUCCAAUUCAAGCCUCCCAUUAGCUCUUAUUCGAUGAAGUCGUCCCAAUUGGACGACGAAGAUGACGAUGAUGAUGAAGAAGAAGAAAGGCGAAGGCAAAAAGCGUCUGAAUCCUCCGCUCAAACAUCGUCCGGGAAGUUCAUAUUUUCUCUUCCAGCGCCUAGGUACUCCGCCACAUUGGGUGCGAGUUCGGGUUUGGGUUCGGGCCGAAGAGCCAUUCUUGAAACGGAAUCAGUUGGUUCUAAAGUGAAGAGCGAUGCAGGGGUGGAUCAAAAUGGUGCUAGUUAUGAGAAUCACCAAUCAAGUAUUGAUCAGAAUGCAGUUAACUAUGAAAGCUAUGGAGGUUAUGAGACUUACCAAUCUGGUAUUGAUCAAAAUGCAGUUAACUAUGAAAGCUAUGGUGGUUAUGAGAGUAACCAAUCUGGCAUUGAUCAAAAUGUGGAUGUUGAGGUUCAAUUACAGGCAGGAAUUAGCGGUAGUGAUGCUUCAAAUUAUGGUAGUUAUGAUGUCUAUGGGAGUAAUGCUGGUUAUUGUGGUUAUGGGCAGUACGGGAAUGAUUGGGUUGGUGGGUCUGAAACUGCAGCGCUGGCGAUUCCAGGAACAGAUGUAAGUGCGAUUAAAGUGAGUAAAAAGAGAGGGAGGAAUGAGGUGCCAACUGAAAUAGUUGAGGUUAAGCAGGACGAGUUGAUGAAGAAUCGGCCAAGAGAGGACCAGGCCAAGUCAACCGGAAUAGCUUUUGGGCCUUCUUAUCAGCCUGUUUCAACUAAAGGGAAGCCUACAAAGCUGCAUAAGAGGAAGCAUCAGAUUGGUUCUCUAUACUUCGAUAUGAGGCAGAAGGAGAUGGAACUUGCAGAGCGACGUUCAAAAGGCUUCCUCACAAAAGCUGAAACACAAGCCAAGUAUGGAUGGUGAUCCUGGGAUAAUUCUUUAUAUGUUGUACACUGAAACUGUAUUUCAAAAUAGUGACAUCAAAAAGGGGGAAAUUUCUCUUCGUAGUGCUGGCCCAAAGUUCUGUUCUUUCUAAAGAUUUGUAUCCAUCAUCAGAGUAUAAUCAUGUUUUCCAUUCAAAUUGUGUAAAACUUUGAUAUUUGGAUUUGUUUCGUGGGAAGCUAUUGAAUUUUAGGCUUCUGUUAGCUAAUCCUAUUUCUUCAAUAAUGGGAAGACCAGUUUCCUGGAGCUACAUUCUAUGCUGCCAUAAUGUGUAAACGUUAUAAAUGAAAGGUUAUGUGAAUUUUCA